AAAAUGAAAAAAUUAAUAAGACCAUUGAUUGGUUUGAUUUAAAGAUCAUUUUAAUAAGCAGCAUAACGUAUGAUGAUUAAUUGAUUUUGAUUAGCUGUGCCAUUUGUUGGAACACAACCAUUCAUUAUUUCAAAACACAGAAAUAUUAUGGCAUUAUAUGAUUUGUCUCCUGAAAUAGGAAGUCAACAUUUCAUUGCUUCUACAGCCACAAUAAUUGGUGAUGUAGAAUUGGCAUCUUAAUGUGUAGUAUGGUAUGGUGCAGUCUUAAGAGGAGAUCUAAAUGGAAUAAGGUAAUGAAUCCAAAUAACUUAGAAUCUUGAAUCGAGUCAUCAUAGGUGAAAGAUCAGUAUUACACACUGCUGCAUCAUUACCAAAUGGUAUGCCAGCUGUAUUAAGUAUUGGAAAUAAUGUCAUGGUCUAAAAUGAUUGCACUCUCUAUUCUUGCACUAUUGGGGAUAAUUGUUUUAUUGGUUAUAGAUCUAUCAUUCUUGAAGGAGCCAAAUUAGAAGAUGGAGCAGUUUUAGCACCAGGAACUGUUGUACCACCUGGAAGACUUAUUCCAAGUAAUUAAUUAUGGGCAGGAAAUCCAGCUUAAUAUGUUAGAGAUGUAGAAGAAGUAUAUAUCUAAAUAUGAUAUAAAAAUAUAGAAAGAUUUGAAUUAAUUAUCAUAUGUGAUUGGCAAUCAAUUUGGUAUAGCCAGAGAACAUGAUUAUGAAUAUUUACCAUACAAUAGUGCAUAUUUACAGAAAGAAAAUUCUCCAGAAGAUUCUAAUCCAGAAUUAGUUGCUACAUUAAGAUAAUAUGAAGAUUGGGAAGAAGGAUAAGUUAAAUUAUGAGACAAAUUUAUAAAAAUCAUAAAAAAAU